GAGAGAGAGAGAGAGAUGGGCACCACCAGCCUCCCGUUUCGGAGACUGCUCGUCUCCGUUCUCUCGAUAGCGAUCUGCUCGAUCGCUCUGCACUGCCACGUCGCAUUGGCGGCGCAGGAUGAGUACGCCGGCGUGGUCACGACCCACUUCAUGGGGCUCAAUCCGCGUGCAGGAAGCCGGUUCCUGGCGGCGGCGAAGAAGGGGGACAGAUGUGAUCCCGUCAAAAACAACGUGUGCCUGGGGAUCAAAGCCAAGAAUGGCAGCCAGCUGCUGCAGUGCUGCAAGAACCACUGCCGCAACGUGCUCUCGGAUCGGAACCACUGCGGCUACUGCGGCCACAAGUGCGGGUUUGGCCAGCUGUGCUGCCGCGGCAAGUGCACGGCGGUGGCCUACGACGUCAGGAACUGCGGCAAGUGCGGAACGGUGUGCUCGCCGGAGCUGCGGUGCGAGUACGGCAGCUGUGGGUACGCCUGAAACGGUCAUCCCAAGCGCGAGAACUGCUGGUAAGUUACAGUCUUGAGUGUGAUGCAUCAUGCAAGCCGAGGAAGGAUGAAUAGAUUCACGCAUUGUAAACUUGUUAUCUCUUCAUUUACAGUGACAAUAACAAUAAGGGCAAAGGCAUGGCUUAUGCCCCGCCCGGUUCAUUGUUUUA